AUGAGCUCAUCCACUGAUUACAAGUUCGAGGGAUGGCAGGCGCUGGACGCCUCGUCUGCUGAGGGAAACAUGCGCUGGUCAGAGUUCCAGCCCAAGGCUUGGGAAGAGACGGAUAUUGAUAUCAAAGUCACACAUUCCGGCAUUUGCGGUUCCGACAUUCACACAUUGAGAUCCGGAUGGGGUGCAACGGCUUACCCCGUCGUCGUUGGCCACGAGAUCGUUGGAACUGCUGUCCGAGUUGGAUCAAAGGCCACUGGUGGCAUCAAGGUUGGCGACCGUGUCGGUGUUGGUGCCCAGUCCGAUUCGUGCUUGAGCCGUUUUGGCCAUUGCGAUGAUUGCGCUGCUGGAGAGGAAAACUACUGUGACAAGAUGGUUUUCACUUACAACGCUAAACACUUCAAUGGCGACGCUGCUCAAGGUGGAUAUGCAACCUAUCACCGAUCCCCGUCGCAUUUCGUGGUCAAGAUUCCUGAUGGUGUCGACUCCAGCCAGGCUGCACCCAUGAUGUGCGGUGGAGUUACCAUGUUUGCCCCUCUCAAGGCCUACGAGACUGGACCUGGCAAGACAAUCGGAAUCGUUGGAGUUGGUGGCCUCGGUCAUUAUGGAGUUCUUUUGGCCAAGGCUAUGGGUGCCAAAGUCGUUGGAAUUUCUCGCAAGGAGUCCAAGCGUGCUGAGGUUCUCGGCCUGGGCGCUGAUGACUACAUCGCUACUGAUGACGAAAAGGACUGGGUUCAAAAGCACUACCGCAGCUUGGACCUGAUCGUUUCGACGGUGGCAUCUUCAAAGGUUCCCAUCAACGACUACUUUUCACUUAUCAAGAAGAACGGCACCUUGGUUCAGGUUGGUAUGCCCGAGGAUGGAGCAUUCCCGAUUGCUGGUCCUUCCAUCGUCUUUGGUCGCAAGAAGUUCACUGGCUCUCUUAUCGGAUCGCCAAAUGACCUUCGGGAAAUGCUGGAACUUGUCGCCAAGAAGAACCUCAAGGGUCUGGUUCAAGAGCGCUCCAUGAAGGACGCUAACCAGGCCAUCGUUGAUCUGGAAGCUGGCAAGGCUAGGUAUAGAUACGUUCUCGUCAACGAGGAUGCUGCGUAA